UGUGAGUGAGUGAGCGAGCGAGCGAGCGAGUGAGCGGAGCGAAGCUGAGCGGCAACAGUGGCGGCGACGCCGACAGCGCGGGGGGCCGUGGCGGCGGCAGCGGGGGCCGAGCGCGGCCGCGGCUGCAGGAGGCGGAGGGUUAGCAGUAGCGGCGGCGGCGCCGGCUGGUUUAGGCUAUACUAAUACUACUGCUGAAUUGGUGCUUUAAGGAUUUGCCUUUUCUCAGUUUCUUUACUUGCCUGUAAAGACAUAAUGAGGAGACUGGCUUUUCGUGGUGCUGGUUGUACUCUGGUAAAUCUGAAGUUGGAUUCCAUGGGCUCCAAGCGGCGAAGGGCUACCUCUCCUUCCAGCAGUGCCAGCGGGGGAGAUUUUGAUGAUGGCCACCAUGCCACAAAUACACCAGGCCCAAGUCGAAAGAGGCGAAGACUUUCCAACCUCCCGACAGUGGACCCUAUUGCCGUAUGCCAUGAAUUAUACAAUACAAUCAGAGAUUACAAGGAUGAACAAGGGAGGCUCCUGUGCGAGCUUUUCAUAAGGGCCCCCAAGCGAAGAAAUCAGCCAGAUUACUAUGAAGUGGUUUCUCAGCCAAUUGAUUUAAUGAAAAUCCAACAGAAGCUAAAAAUGGAGGAAUAUGAUGACGUGAAUGUGCUAACUGCUGACUUCCAGCUGCUAUUUAAUAAUGCAAAAUCCUAUUAUAAGCCAGACUCUCCUGAAUAUAAGGCUGCCUGCAAACUGUGGGAUUUAUAUAUACGCACAAAAAAUGAGUUUGUUCAGAAGGGAGAUGCUGAGGAUGAUGAUGACGACGACGAGGGCCAUGACAAUCAAGGGACAAUUUCUGAAAUAUCUUCUCCAGGUUAUUUAAAAGAAAUUCUUGAACAGCUUCUUGAAGCAGUAGCUGUAGCCACAAACCCAACAGGCCACCUCAUUAGUGAGCUUUUUCAGAAGCUUCCCUCUAAAGUGCAAUAUCCUGACUAUUAUGCAAUAAUUAAAGAGCCCAUAGAUCUGAAGACUAUUGCCCAGCGGAUACAGAAUGGCUAUUAUAAAAGUAUUCAUGCAAUGGCUAAGGAUAUUGAUCUCUUAGUUAAAAAUGCCAAAACAUACAAUGAACCUGGAUCUCAAGUAUUCAAGGAUGCAAAUGCAAUUAAAAAAAUAUUUAAUAUGAAAAAGGCAGAAAUUGAGCGUUCAGAAUUGACUAAAUCAAGUCUCCGAGUCAGGACUCCAAAUUUGCCUGCUUCCAAGCUGACAGGUCCUUCCUCACAGGGUAAAGGCAGUGUUGUCGAUGAGAGAAAUUCUGCUAAUAAAUAUUAUCGCAACAAAAGAGCUGUCCAAGGAGAUCGCUUAUCAGCAAUAACCAUGGCAUUGCAAUAUGGAUCUGAAAGUGAUGAAGAUGCUGUUCUGGCUGCUGCUGCCCGUUAUGAAGAAGGGGAGUCAGAAGCAGAAAGCAUUACUUCUUUUAUGGAUGCAUCCAAUCCUCUCUAUCAGCUUUAUGAUAUAGUUAGAAAUUGCCGGAACAACCAGGGUCAACUCAUAUCAGAACCCUUUUUCCAUUUGCCCUCAAAGAAAAAAUAUCCAGAUUAUUAUCAGCAAAUCAAAAUGCCUAUUUCAUUGCAGCAAAUUAGAACAAAACUGAAGAACCAUGAAUAUGAAACACUCGACCAUUUGGAAUGUGACCUGAACCUAAUGUUUGAAAAUGCAAAACGCUAUAAUGUUCCAAAUUCAGCCAUUUAUAAGAGAGUAUUGAAAAUGCAGCAGGUUAUGCAGGCAAAGAAGAAGGAGCUAGCUGGAAGAGACGAUAUUGAAGACGGUGACAGUAUGAUCUCUUCUGCCACAUCUGAUGCUGGAAGUUCAAAAAGAAAAAGCAAAAAGAACAUAAAGAAACAGCGAAUGAAAAUUUUAUACAAUGUUGUCCUUGAGGCACGAGAACCUGGAACUGGUCGAAGACUCUGUGAACUAUUCAUGGUGAAACCAUCCAAAAAGGAUUACCCAGAUUAUUACAAAAUCAUCUUGGAGCCAAUGGAUUUAAAAAUAAUAGAGCACAACAUACGUAGUGACAAGUACUCUGCAGAGGAGGCUAUGAUUGAAGAUAUGAGAUUAAUGUUUCGAAAUGCAAGACAUUAUAAUGAAGAAGGCUCACAGGUAUACAAUGAUGCUCAUAUCUUGGAGAAGAUUCUUAAAGAAAAGAGGAAAGAGCUGGGACCUCUGCUUGAAGAUGACGAGGUUGCUUCUCCUAAACUGAAAUUAAGUAGAAAAACUGGCAUCUCCCCUAAAAAAUCAAAAUACAUGACUCCAAUGCAACAGAAGCUUAAUGAGGUAUAUGAAGCAGUAAAGAACUACACAGAUAAGCGAGGAAGAAGGCUCAGUGCUAUUUUCCUGCGACUUCCAUCGCGUUCAGAGCUCCCUGACUACUAUUUGACUAUUAAGAAGCCUGUUGAUAUGGAGAAGAUUAGAAGUCAUAUGAUGGCCAACAAAUACCAGGACAUUGAUGCCAUGGUUGAAGAUUUUGUGAUGAUGUUCAAUAAUGCCUGCACUUACAAUGAACCAGAAUCCUUGAUUUACAAAGAUGCCCUGGUGCUACAUAAAGUUUUACUAGAGACUAGGAGAGACAUAGAAGGAGAUGAAGAUUCUCAUGUCCCAAACGUAACACUCCUGAUCCAAGAACUUAUACAUAAUCUUUUUGUCUCUGUCAUGAGUCAUCAGGAUGAUGAGGGCAGGUGCUAUAGUGACUCAUUAGCUGAAAUUCCUGCUGUUGAUCCCAAUUUCCCAAACAAACCACCUCUGACUUUUGAUAUCAUACGAAAGAAUGUAGAAACUAACCGCUACAGAAGGUUGGACCUGUUCCAAGAGCAUAUGUUUGAAGUGCUGGAACGGGCAAGGCGAAUGAACCGAACGGAUUCAGAGAUUUAUGAGGAUGCAGUAGAACUUCAACAGUUCUUUAUCAAAAUCCGUGAUGAACUCUGCAAGAAUGGUGAGAUCCUAUUAUCACCAGCCCUCAGCUACACUACUAAACAUCUUCAUAAUGAUGUAGAGAAAGAAAAGAAAGAAAAGCUUCCAAAGGAAAUGGAGGAGGACAAACUCAAAAGAGAAGAGGAGAAGAGAGAAGCUGAAAAGAGUGAAGAUUCUUCUGGAGGAGCAGGACUGUCUAACCUACACAGAACAUAUAGCCAAGAUUGUAGCUUUAAAAACAGCAUGUAUCAUGUUGGAGAUUAUGUGUACGUUGAACCUGCAGAAGCCAAUUUGCAACCUCACAUCGUCUGCAUUGAACGACUGUGGGAAGAUUCAGCUGACAGCUGCACAGGGAACGCUCCUCUUCCCAGCCGCCGCUGCCGCGGCCGGCCCAGAACGGUGUGCCGUCCCCCCAGCGAGGGCGGGGCGGGCGCCAGAUGCAGGACCGGGUCUGUGGCUGUGCACAAGGCUCACAACGUGAUGCAACGCAGGACAAGCUCCUCCGGUACCAGGGAAAAGUGGUUAUAUGGCUGUUGGUUUUAUCGACCAAAUGAAACAUUCCAUCUUGCUACACGGAAAUUUUUGGAGAAGGAAGUGUUUAAAAGUGAUUAUUACAACAAAAUUCCUGUGAGCAAAAUCCUAGGGAAAUGUGUGGUCAUGUUUGUAAAGGAGUAUUUUAAGCUAUGUCCAGAAAACUUCAGAGAUGAAGAUGUCUACGUUUGUGAAUCACGCUAUUCUGCAAAAACAAAGUCCUUUAAGAAGAUUAAAUUGUGGACCAUGCCAAUUAGUUCUGUACGAUUCGUCCCUCGAGAAGUACCCUUACCCGUGGUUCGUGUUGCAUCAGUGUUUGCUAAUACAGACAAAACUGAUGAAGAUAAACAUACUGAAACAUCUGAGGAAAACAAAGUGGGAGACAAUAUCCUUAUCCUUGAAAAGGACAAAGAGGAUGUUCCAGUAGAAAUGUCAAAUGGAGAACCUGGUUGUCACUACUAUGAACAGCUUUGUUACAAUGACAUGUGGCUGAAGGUUGGGGACUGCGUCUUCAUAAAAUCACAUGGCUUAGUCCGACCACGAGUUGGCAGGAUAGAAAAAAUGUGGGUGAGAGAUGGAGCUGCUUAUUUUUUUGGCCCAAUCUUUAUACAUCCGGAGGAAACUGAACAUGAACCAACUAAAAUGUUCUACAAGAAGGAAGUAUUUUUGAGUAACCUGGAAGAGACUUGUCCCAUGACAUGUAUUCUGGGAAAGUGUGCUGUGUUGUCUUUCAAAGACUUCCUCUCCUGUAGGCCUACUGAGAUUUCUGAAAAUGAUGUUCUUCUUUGUGAAAGCCGUUAUAAUGAAAGUGACAAACAGAUGAAGAAAUUUAAGGGACUGAAAAGAUUUUCUCUUUCUGCAAAAGUAGUAGAUGAUGAAAUUUAUUAUUUCAGGAAACCCAUUGUUCCUCAGAAGGAGCCAUCUCCACUUUUGGAAAAAAAGAUUCAGCAGCUAGAAGCAAAAUUUGCUGAGAUGGAGGGAGGUGAUGAAGAGAUUGAAGAGAUUGGGGAAGAGGAAGGUGAAGUGACAGAAGCACCAACGAUUCCUCAGCUUCAGACACCACUCUCUAAUGAACUGGAUAUAAUGCCAUAUACGCCACCUCAGUCUACUCCCAAAUCUGCCAAGGGCAGUGUAAAGAAGGAAGGGUCAAAACGGAAGAUCAAUAUGAGUGGCUACAUCCUAUUUAGCAGUGAGAUGAGAGCUGUUAUUAAAGCUCAGCACCCAGAUUAUUCCUUUGGAGAGCUCAGUAGACUUGUUGGAACAGAGUGGAGAAACUUGGAAGCAACCAAGAAAGCAGAGUAUGAAGAGCGGGCAGCUAAGGUUGCUGAGCAGCAGGAGAGAGAGCGAGCAGCACAGCAACAGCAGCAGAACUCCUCCCCCCGGGCAGGCACUCCUGUCGGGGCACUUAUGGGGGUGGUGCCGCCACCAACACCAAUGGGGAUGCUCAAUCCGCAGUUGACACCUGUUGCAGGCAUGCUAGGUGGCUAUCCACCGGUGCUGCCACCUUUACAGGGCCCAGUUGAUGGCAUUGUUAGCAUGGGCAGCAUGCCGCCACUUCACCCUGGGGUGCCUCCACCCCAUCAACUUCCACCAGGCAUGCCAGGCAUCCCACUACCGGGUGUUAUGGGUCAAAAUGUUUCCUCCAUGGUAGGAGCACCAGCACCAGGAAGUCCAUUUGGACAGCAGAUGAGUAUCCUUGGUCCUCCAGGCCAACAAGCACCACCUCCCUAUCCUGGCCAGAACCCAGCAGCUCAGCAGGUCAUGCAGCAGCCUACAACUCCUAUGUUUGUAUCCCCUCCACCAAAGACGCAGAGGCUUCUUCACUCAGAGGCAUAUCUAAAAUACAUUGAAGGUCUUAGUGCUGAUUCAAAUAGUAUUAGCAAGUGGGACCAUACCCUUUCAGCACGAAGACGUGAUGUCCAUCUUUCAAAAGAACAAGAGAGCCGUCUUCCUACACACUGGUUGAAAAGUAAAGGGGCCCAUACCACAAUGGCAGAUGCAUUAUGGCGCCUUCGAGACUUGAUGCUGAGAGAUACUCUCAAUAUCCGUCAAGCAUACAACAUAGAAAAUGUUUAAUCUUCUUUUGAUACCAACAUAUAAAAUUUUCGUGGAACAAUAGCUGUUUUAGUUAUUGGUGAAGGGGGGAAAACAGUUUUUAUUGCAUCUUACUGUACAUUGCAAGAUUGUUUUUUAUAUAAGGACACUUUUAAUAAGCAUAUUUCACUUUUUGUUAUAUUACGUUGAAUUUUCUUAAAUAUACAGACAUGCAUAUAGUUCUUUGACUUGGAAGAUGAUCUCGUACUUGGUUAUAAAUGCAAAACAAGCUUACAUCCUUUUUCUUCACACUGAGAUUCUGAUGCCAUCUUUUUUUAAGCAGCAAGUGUGUUUACAGAUUAGCUAAGAGAAAUGUGAAAUUACUCCUAGUUUACAGCUGAGCAGCAUUAGCAUCCACGUGCUUGUGUGGUAGUGACUUCUAGUAGAUACGUCACAUGAGCUUAAAGUAGCCCACCGCAACCUAGUGCCCUUUGGAUGCAUUGGACUCCAUCUCCCAUCAACCACAGCCAGCGUGGCAGAUGUUCAGGAAUGCUCGGAGAUGUAAUCCAAAACAACUUGAGGGGAACAGACAGGGGAAGGUUGGUCUAAAAGCUUCUUUAAAUGAAGCUGCUAAGGUAGGGAGUGGAUGGAAUCAGUCUUACAUCCUUAAGAGGGAUGCAGAACUUAAGAUAAAAGAAUAGGAGAGUACUUUCAGUUAGCUUAACUUCUCUUGGCAUGUACAAGUUCCAAGCCUGAUUAAUGUUGAUGAGUCAAGGAGCUCUGCAGCUCUGAAGGCUUGCGUGUACUGCCAGUAGAGCUUGAUCUAAUGAGAGAGUGCAUUCUCUGCUUUAUUUCUCUAGAACGGAGACUUGUGUUCAUCACCACAGGGGUUUGUCUUAGGGAGAUACUUGAGGAAGAAUAAAUAUGAAAGGGUGCAAAUAUUCCUUUCUACUUUGUUGUUAUCAUGAUGCAGUUUUUGACAAGAUACAUUGAAUUAAUAACGGAGCAUUUAUUUUUAUUUUAUUUUGUAAAUGGGGUUUUAAAAGUGCCAAGACCUAUAUUUAGGAUUCUUUGACAUUAUUAUAAACUGAAGAAAAAUGGACAUGUUAUUCUCUGUAUAUUUUUAAGUUGCUGCUGCAAAUUGCAGAACUGUGAUCUUGGAAGGUAAGUAACAGGGUGUGCAGAAGGCACCUUUCUGCAUUUAACAUCAUAAAAUGUUUAUUAAUAGUUUGGCCUUUACAUUUGUAUGCUUUAUUUUUUAAAAAAUUGUUACUUUGAUUAAAAGCAUUGUAGUCCAGCUAUUGAGAAUUUUAACAUGCAUAAGCUGUACAGCAAUGCUUAACACACAUGGUUAUUAGUAGAAGGGAACUUGUGCCCUGAUCCUGCAAUAUAUUUAUUUAGAAAGUAAGUAACCUAAAUGUUAAUAUAACUUACUUCCAAAUAAUUUGCUGUGGAUCACACUUUUAAAGUCUGGUAAAAGCAGUUACAAUCCAGUUCACUCCUUCAGGCAAGUAAAAAGCCCUACGUGCGGCCAAUUAAACUUUUUGUUCAUUUAUUUUGAGCAAACUUCACCUCCCCCACCCCAUGAAGUGAUUUUUUCACGUAUUUAGUUGUCUGGUUUGUUGUCUACAAACUAAGAAAGAUUUCAGAGUGUCAUAAGAUACCUUCCUCUAUUCAGGAAAGUAUCUGGUGGUUACAAAUGAAACAUACCGGUUGAUUCCAGUGUUUAUCCUACCUAGCAUAGGAAACAAAUGGGACUUAAGCUAAUCAUGGAUAAGACACAUUCAUUUCAAUGGGUCUACUCUAGGGCAAACAUUGGCAUCAACCUUGUUGUAAAAAGUUGGAUAUAAUUUUAGAAAAAAACAAGCACUGUAUUGGAAUUAAUGUUGAAAUGCUUACAAAUGCAGUGCAGUUAAAAAAAUGUGGAUUCAGAGAAAUUAUUUAGAGAAGUUUGCCCAAACCAGCAAGAUAAAACUUGUUUAAAUAGGAGUAAGUAAGGAAACAGAUUUGUUAAAAGUCUUCCUUGAUUACAAAAGAAUGUAAUGAAUUGUUGGCAUGUUGGCUUCAGAGAUUAAGCAGUUUAUCAGGAAAGCAAUUUCUAGUGUUCAAAUGUUUAGUUUAUCUGGUCAAACCUCAUUACCUGGGUUAUUUUUAAAUCCAGAAACAGUAAUGUAGUUGAUAAUUCUGGAUCUAUUUUAGUGAUAAAAUGAUGGCAGCAAGUAGCUUGUGGAACCAAACACUUUAAGAUUCAGCUGUUCAAAUGAGGUACUAAUGUAAAAAGAAGAAAAGCCACCUUGAUUAACAUUACAGAGGGGAGAUGUUUUAUGUCCUUAACUUUCUAUAAACUGUGGUACACACAUCCUUAGUUUUGGCCCUUUGCAAUAUUUAAAAAUGUGGUAAGAGACAUAGAAGUGCUGCUACCCACAGGUCUGUGCAUGCACUCAUGAUUAUUGUUUUUAAUUGACUGGGCAGCAGCUCCUGACACCAAACCAGCUUUGUGCUGGGAGCUGCUGAACUGAGUGCAUGGGUGCUCUUCUGGAUCGUGGCCAGUGUGUUUGAAAUUACCUCAGAUAUUGCAGUUUACAACAACCGUCAAAAGAAGCAGAAAGCAAGUCCUAGUUCUUUAGUACUUAGAACCGCCAUAGACUUUACUAAUACAAUCACUUUUUUUAGGUAUUGCAAACUACACCAAAGAACCUGGAAUUUAUUUAUUUUUAUUUAUUUUUUAAGAAAAUAUUAAGAACAGGAUGAGACACCCUUUGGAUGCUGUGUAAUUCAGAAGGAUCAGUGUUGAAUAAUCUGCAGCAUUGACUUUCCCAGACAUUUAUGCCGAAGGCAGCUUCAUUGCUCCUAAUAGACCAGGGGUAAACAAUUAGAACUGUAAAUGAGGCCUUUUCUCUGGCAGUGCAGAGCACUCCUCCUAGACCAUUAGGCUGGCCCUAAUUAUUUUAAAUUAAUUUAUUCCAAAAUCAUGUCUCUGUGUACUGGGGGCAUUUCAAUAACAUGUAGGAUUUAAGUUUUGAUGGCUACAAUCCAGUAUUGCACAACCAGCUGACUGAACUGUUUUCUAACUCUUUACGUUGUUGAACUGGAGAACAAACCAUGUCUUAUUUGUGGCCAUUUGAACCCAUCAUUUGUUUUCCACAGCCACAUACUGUAUUAGAAUAAAAGGACUUUGGAUAUUCAAAUAAAAGUAUGGGAAAUGGCUGGCUUGAGUAAGUGGAAAAAAAUAUCUCUAUUACAGUAAACCAGUUUGAAAGUGA